GAUGGUGAUCAUCGAUUUUGUUUUGAAUAACAAAAUGUUGUCACAGUGUUUUUGAUAUUUGUUUUGAUUAUUUUACAAUGACCUAAUCAUGAUAAAUUUAUUAUGAUGAUGAUUAGAUAUCAAAAUAUGAAAAAAUUUUUCAUAUAAAAUAUCCACUAUUUUCAUUAUUAGAACUCUCUCAAAAUACCAUUAACAUAACAAAGAUGUUUUGUCAUUCAAUAAUAAAUGCAUUGCUCAUCUGGUUGACCGGUCAUUCUGUAUGUUUCGAAAAAUAUGCACCGAUUAUUCAGUUGGGUACAUAUGGAAAAAUACGUGGAAUUGUUCAAAAUGAACCGCUGGUAAAUGGUCAAACAAAUGGAAUGAAUGUUUACUUCUAUCAAGGAAUUCGUUAUGGUAAAGCCAGAAGAUUUGAUCGACCAGAACGUGCUGAUUCUUGGUCAGAUAUUUAUGAUGCUAUUGAAUAUCGUGAUGCUUGCCCACAAUCUGGACUUGAAUCUGGUGGUGUUUUUCGAGAUAUUUUAAAUCAGACAAAAAAAAUGAGCGAAGAUUGUUUAUUUUUAAACGUUUGGACAACUAAAAAAGUAAUGAAACUUGUACCUGGAAAACGAAGUCCUGUAAUGGUUUUUAUACAUGGUGGAUUCUUUAAAAUUGGUACCAUUUUCAAUAACAUUUAUGAUGGUGGAGUUUUGGCCGCUAAUGGUCAAAUGGUUGUUGUCAGCAUUGCAUAUAGGCUUGGACCAUUUGGUUUUCUUUAUACCGGCGAUGAACCAGGACAAUCUCAUGGCAAUCAAGGACUUUAUGAUCAAAUUCUUGCCUUACAAUGGAUUCAGGAGAAUAUUCAUUAUUUUGGUGGCGAUCCUACUCAAGUGACUGUUUUCGGACAAUCUUCCGGUUCGUUUAGUGUUUCUCAUCUGAUAUUAUCGCCAUUAGCCAAUGGUCUUUUUUAUCGAGCGAUUCUACAAUCUGGUUCAUGUAUUUCGUAUGCAGCAUAUUCAAGUAAAUCUCGUGAACAAUCAAAAGCCAAAAAGAUUGCUAAAAAAUUGAAUUGUAUGGGCAAUAUGACAGAAAUAACUGAAUGUUUACGUGAAAAAUCCUUCCAAGAAUUAUUAUCAGUAUCUUUUGAAGAAGAUUUAACUUCUAUUUAUGAAAGCGAAUUCUCUCCUUUACGGCCUGUUGAUGCAUUGAAAAAUGACCAUUAUAACAUUAAUCAAGUUGAUAUAAUGUUUGGGGUAACUCGUGAUGAAGGUGAUACCUAUAUACAAAAUUCAUUCACUGGCCAUGAGGAAGUGACUGUAGAUUUAGUACAACAAAAGAUUCGACAACGUGUUACAAAUCAAUCAAUUGUUGAAGAUGUUGUAAGUUUCUACACAAAAAAUUUGUCAGAUUCUUCAACACUUGAUGAAAAGAUAAAUUCUUUAUCACGUGCAUAUGGUGAUUAUCGUAUAGUUUGUCCGACAAUUUUGUUUGGUAAAGAAUAUCACCGUCGAUUCUCGCAUACAAAACAAUAUUCAUAUCGUUUGAUGGUACCGGUUAAAUCGAUAUACUUUGGUAACAAAUGGAAUGGUGUCGGACAUAUGCAAGAUCUUUUCUAUAUGUUUGGUAUUCCUUAUCGUUUCUCAUCGAAUAUAUCAUUCACACAACAAGAACGUGAUCUAAGUCGUGAUAUGAUCGAUGCAUGGAUUCGAUUUGCACAAGACGGUAUUCAAACAACAAUUGGAACUACAAACAUUGAAUGGACUAAAGCUUUUGAUGGAUCAUCAUCAUCAUCGGUUCAUUUCAUGGCUUUAAAUUCUGAAAAUUACCGAAUGAUUAGCGAUUAUUUCGAACCAAUAUGUGAUGGCUUUUGGCGUUCGAAAAUUUUUGUUUAAAUUAUGGAAAUUAUUUGAAAAUGAAUUUUUCAAUAAAGUUUCUGCCACUUGUCGAAGAUUAA